GCCAGGCGAUCGGGCUGGACCGCGUCUGUGUGCGCGUGCGCUCUUUGGGAAAGGGACUCGCGGGACCCCUUUCUCCAUCCCCUUCCUCGGUGUCUCCGCCCCAGCCUCCGCUGUGCGUGUGGCGGAGGUGAGACGUCGGGGGCGGUGCCCGCGCCGGGGACGGGCGGCGCCGCCGCAGUUGCCCCUGGUAACGGGGGAGGCAGGAGGAGGAGGAGGAGGAGGGAGUCGGCGGGAGGAUGGUGAGUGUGGGUGUCUGGGCCGCUCUCGAGCCCCCCUCUCCCCAGGUCAACUCUGGGACCCUCAGACUCGGGCAGAAGAACCGGGACGCCCUCCGACCCUUCCCAUGGGUUUACUCUCAAUCCUGCGCAAAUUGAAGAGUGCACCAGACCAGGAGGUGAGAAUUCUUCUCCUGGGCUUGGAUAAUGCUGGCAAAACUACACUCCUGAAGCAGCUUGCAUCUGAAGACAUCAGUCAUAUUACACCGACGCAGGGCUUUAACAUCAAAAGUGUACAGUCACAAGGUUUUAAACUGAAUGUAUGGGACAUUGGUGGACAGAGGAAAAUCAGGCCAUACUGGAGGAAUUAUUUUGAAAAUACUGAUGUACUUAUAUAUGUUAUUGACAGUGCAGACAGAAAACGAUUUGAAGAAACGGGUCAGGAACUAGCUGAAUUACUGGAUGAAGAAAAGCUAAGUGGUGUCCCCGUGCUCAUCUUUGCUAACAAACAGGAUUUGCUCACUGCAGCCCCUGCCUCAGAGAUUGCAGAAGGACUGAACCUCCACACGAUCCGAGACAGGGUCUGGCAGAUCCAGUCUUGCUCAGCCCUAACAGCAGAAGGAGUACAGGACGGCAUGAACUGGGUCUGCAAAAACGUCAAUGCUAAGAAGAAAUAAAAUCUAGAUGAAUGGAAACACAGGAGCCGCGGGAGCUGAGUUCUGUCCUGAAAACACUCAUUUGCUGCUUUCUGACCAUCUGUGUACAGCUCCAGCUGUUUAAAGAGAAGGAACAGCACAGUUUAAAAAAGAAUCCCCAUUCCAGCAGUAGGUUUAACUGAUCUCCAAGGUUCAGUAUCAUUUUUCAAAUAAAGGAAUUACAUUAUUUCCUCUGCAUAAUUGAAAUAGUAUUAAAUGUCUCAAAGCACAUGAUUAGAAAAUGAGAUCUUUUAAAUGAACAAGAGAUUGCAGAGCAGUUUAGACCAUUCCAGUGGGCUUUAGAGAGAGAGAGGGAGAGAGAAGAAAAAAAGCUUAUGCCGAGUUCAUUUAUUCACUGACCUGUUCCCUGGAUUCCCCUAGCGGUUUGGAAACCACACAGAACAUUCUCUGGUGUUGGUCAGAUUUUUCCCAUCACCAAUUGAGCUGGUGCUGCAUUCUGCCUGUGUUGAAGCUGGGGGGAGGAGUAGCAGAUGAUUAAACCAUCUUGUCAUGCAGGUAGGAGAAUGUGCAUGUAAUCCUCCCCCUUUGGGCAUGGAAAAAAAAAAACCCUUUAUUGAAAACAAGUCGCUACAGAAUUGAACCUCCCCCCACCUCCAGCAGCAGAGACAAGCAACUUCUUAGGGCUCUGGCAGUAAUGACAAUUGGAAUGUAAGGAAAGGUGGGAGGUUUAAUUCUAGAAAAAUUAAAAAGUCCUUAAACAGUUCUCAGAUGGAGGGCGAAGGCUAGCAUAAACAGGCUUCUCCAGUUCAGUGGAGCACAGAGCAGCAGCCUCAGCUUAGCUGGCCUCUCUGUGGUAUUCCUAUAGAAGAGAUUUCUAAAGCUCAAAGAAUUCUGUGUUUAAAUGAUUACAAUAGGCCUCCGGUAUCAGAUUUUAAAAAUAAAUGCCGCUUUACUGUGAACCCAUUCCACAGAGAAAAGCUGCACAGAUCGAUUUUUUAGAAGAGAUCAAUUUUUACAGAGCAGCAACUAUGUGGAGUGGGAUGAGGGUGGAAAAGAUUUGCUGUUAGAACACUGGUUCAGUGAUUCCAGAGGUCACAUCCAGGAAAACCAAGCUCCCGGGCCUGCUCGAAAAAGGCCUGCUGUGGUUGGUCAUGAGACUGGUGGGAGAAUGGAAGGGAAACUGUGGCUCAGAGUUGUUAGAAGAGUUUGUUUUUUCUUGCCCUAAGAAAUGUCCCCAAUUUAGGAAGAAAGCCUAUCACUGAGCUACCACACCUCCUUAAUUAGACUGUACUCUGGUGCCUGGGGCCCAGGCUUUGGGAGAAUGAAUCUGAGAUACUCUGUCCAGUUUCUAGUGGAAAGAGUCUUCCUCACAUUAACUCCCCCUGCGGUUGACCCUUCAGUCUCAGCUGGAUAGUGGAAAGUUGAAUGGGAUAAAGAGACUAGCUGUCUUCUCCUCCCCAGAGGUGGCCUGUUCUGACCAAGUCACAGGCAAGCUGGCAUAGCUGCUGACUUUCAGUACCAGCUCCACAAUCCUGGGACCAUGGACUCCAUCUAUCUUUCUGGGAAAGAGCUUUGCAUAUGAAACUAAAACAUCAAUUUUUUAAAGGGUGGGGAGGAUAUUGAUAAAAAUGCUCAUCCCCCACCAACCACAAAAAAGAUGUCCUGCUGAAUCAUGCAUAAAUUGAUCGAAAUUGCUCAGUGCGGGACUCCUUCCGAGAUGCUGUUUCACCCUGAAUCUGUGCUGAGGGAGGAGAACUGCCCACGUGGAAGUGAACUAGAAUCCCUGCCCCCUCCCCAUCCCCGAGGCCACCACCACCAGGUUACCAGUGCAGCCUUAAAUGAUGGUGAUGCAGGUGUUUCCAAAAGCCCAGAGGGCAGGGGGUGUCAUCGCUAAUUUUCAAAUGUGUAGCUUUGACUUUGCUGCAAUGUAGCAUUUCUAAAAUAUUGUCAUACUUUUAUCACCAGCCUACAACGCUGCUUUGAAAGCACCCUCCUCCUCCAUCCUCAGCCACCUUUCCUAACUUUCCUGGCUCUUUUAAUAAAAUGCAAAGUAAUUACUGGGGUUACCAGCCUUCGUGGGGGGGAGGAGGAACUAAACAAAGAGUUUUUAAAGCCCCCAUUAUAGAAACACUGAUUGGGGGGGUUGCAUUCCCACCACCACCACCAUAAAAGAAGGAUUACAAAUUUUCCUGUUCAAGGCAGACCUAAGGACAGACUCAAGCACAAUAUUAUUUGAUCAUGGCGGGGAGGGAUAUGAA